AUGAUCGACGACCGUUACGUCUUGCUCGCCAAGGUCGGUCGCGGCGCCACGGGCGAGGUGUACAAGGCGCGCGACGUCCGCACCGACGCAACCGUCGCGGUGAAACUCGUCGACCUGGAAGACGCCGAGGACGACGUCGCGGACAUCCAGCGCGAGAUAUCCACGCUCGCGCAGUGCGCGAGCCCGUACGUGACGAAAUAUCUCGCGAGCGCGCUGGUGCGAGGGACGAGCAAGCUGGCGAUCGUGAUGGAGUACAUGGCGGGAGGGAGCGCGCGACACCUCGCGGACGAGGCGGCGAAAGGAGAGGGCGAGACGACGGCGAUCGAGGACGAAGCGAAGGUUGGAUUGGAAGAGGGAGAGAUAUCGUACAUCACCAGGGACGUGCUGCGGGCGUUGGAGUACUUGCACGAGGAGGGGAAGAUUCAUCGAGACGUGAAGGCGGCGAACGUGUUGCUGACGGAGGGCGGCGAGGCGCGAUUGGCGGAUUUCGGUGUGAGCGGACAGAUGACGCACACGUUAGGAGCGCGGAGGAAAACGUUCACGGGGACGCCGUUUUGGAUGGCGCCCGAGGUGAUUCAAGGUGGGGAAGGGUACGAUGAGAAGGCGGAUAUUUGGAGCUUGGGCAUUACGUGUUACGAGUUGGCGUUGGGCGCCGCGCCGCACGCGGAUUUACAUCCGAUGCGCGUGUUGUUCGUGAUCCCUAAAAAUGACGCUCCUCGACUGCCAGAUGAUGGGAGAUUUAGCGCAGAUUUUCAAGACUUCGUGGCUAAGUGCUUACAAAAAGAUGCGAAAGCGAGGCCGAGUGCGAGAGAGUUGUUGAACCAUCCAUUCGCGAAACAAUUC